GCGCGUCAUUCACGUGAAACGCUCGGAAUCAUGAUCAUUGACGGAGUUUCUGAAGGUUACUCGGAUCUUCUGGACCGGGGCACGGAUGUCAUGACGAGUCCGGUCCACCUGUGGUCAUUCUACGGCUGUUCUUCUCCAACAGAACCGGAUCUCUCGGCCGGAUCUCCGAAAUCUGAUUCGGAUCAGAGCUGGAGCAAUUCGGCCAGCGUAGAAUCGUUCAGGUAUCAAGGUGUGCGUGUGAAGAACACGGUGAAAGAGUUGAUCAUGCAGAAACGUCAUCACGAGAUACAGGCUCCGCAAUAUCACACUGAAGUCGAGUGUCCAGAGAUAACUCGAGUGCUGCAGGCAACAAAGAGAUGUGCUGAAAAUAUUUCUCAAAUUCCAAUGAAAAGAGCCGCAACAAACAACACAAACAUCCUGUCUCCAUGCAGUGAGAGUUUGUUCAGUGAGUCUGAGAUGUUGGAUGAUAUCGGUGACGUUCUGUCUAAAGAUCGACUCUCCAUUGAUUCUGUGAUAGUACGAGGGUUUAACAGUGUCCCGAUGUGCACUUCACCUGAAGAACACAUCCCGCUUCAGUCACAUUAUACUGAUGUAGGAAAGCAAAUGUACAGCGGCGUUCAUCAGCUGCAGUCCGUACAGGACACGUUCAGCUUCUCUGCGCUCAUGCCCACACUCAGUGCCACCACAGCGCCACCGGUUUCUUUCUUUGAAUGGCAGAUUCAGCAAGAGGAGGAGAAACUGGCUGGUCUGAGCCACACGGAGCUCAUCGCUAGAGAUGGCGACGGAGACACGUUCUUACACAUCGCUGUAGCUCAGGGACGCAGAGCGCUGGCGUACGUGCUCGCCAAAAAAAUGGCCACUAUUGACAUGUUGGACUUGAAAGAACACAACAGACAGAGUGCGUUCCAGGUGAGUAUUGCAGCAAAUCAGCAUCUGAUUGCACAAGAUCUUCUUUCGCUCGGAGCAGAAGCUAACACGCUGGACUGCUGGGGUCGAUCUCCAUUACACGUGUGUGCUGAGAAAGGCCACAACAACACGCUACAGGUGAUUCAGAAAUAUAUGCAGACUAGCGGCCGACACAUCAACAUGGAGACGGUGAACUAUGAUGGACUCACAGCUCUACACGUGGCAGUUCUGUCCCAUAAUGCCGUGGUGCAGGAGCUGUCUUGUCACGUGACCCCGUCGUCGGCUCACACUGUGGCUCUGGUCCAGAGGAGAAAACAUCUGAAUGAGUGUAUCAACAUGCUGCUGCUCAUGGGAGCUUCUCUUGAGACCAAGGACCGUAAAAGUGGUCGCACGGCUCUGCACAUCGCUGCUGAAGAGGCAAACGUCGAGCUUCUGCGUGUUUUUCUGGACCAAUCAAAUUACUUCUCUGUGAUAAACGCAAAGUCAUUUAACGGGAACACGGCACUGCACAUGGCGAGCGCUCUACAGGGUCGGCAAACUCAAGCAGAUGCGGUUCGUUUACUGCUGCGACGAGGAGCCGAUCCAAGCUCCAAAAAUCUGGAGAACGAGCAGCCCGCACAACUCGUGCCCGACGGUCCGCUGGGAGAACAGGUGCGCCGGAUCCUGAAGGGUCGAGGAGGGCAUUCCCGCUCUUGAGCGCCUUUAAGAAUCGCUGUCAGUCAGACAGUUCGGUCUGUACAGAUUCAUUUGCCCGUCAGGCAGAUGUUGGUUGUUUCUAUGAAACAGAUUCAUCAUUGUUCACUAUUGAGUAGUCGACAGAAGAACGAGAGGGCAACAAUUCAGAGAAAGAUUAGGAGGAACAAAUGCAGAUUUAAAGAACGAAGGAAGAUAAAAUAUAAGAAACGGUUUGAAUCAGAUUUAGUUCUCUGAAAUGUUGCGUUUGACUGGUGUGGAAAGGGUUUAUUAACUUUAAUGUCUAUAUAAUCGUCUAAAUGUGUUUUAUCAGAAGAUAUUUUUAAAGUGCUGGUUUGUAAGUUUAAUAAACAUGUUGAAUUUAAGUUUAAUCUGUAACUUUAAACCUGUUUAACCGGAACAUUCCAGAUGCGUGACGAGUGUUUGUUCAUCUUUCGUGAACUCUUUGUGAGAUCACAUGAUUGCUGUUGAACUCUUUCUAAAUCCUUUAAUUAUUUAAAUGAUUCUAAUGUUUCUGUGAAUGAAGUUCAACAAACAUGAUUUCAGAGAGAUUGUAACGGCUUUAUAUGAUAUUACUGAUUAUGAUUUCACGGUGAGGGGAUUUUAUUGUGUGGUACAGAUAUAUUGUGUUAUUCAUAAAGAGUGUUUGAAGUGUAUUUCAUCGAUGGAGGAAUUUGAAUGUCGUGUUUUUCUUUGUGAAGUUAUUUGAUAUUCUGUAUGUUUGUUCUCUGUAAUUGAAUCUCAAAUAAAGAUUAUCAGUAAUGUUUUCUCAUGAGA